GAUGCCGACUUCGUCCUGGUGGCCGCCCGCCGCGCCCGCAGAAAUCCCCAGCAGCAGCAGUUCCUGGAGGCGCUGAAGAGCAAGGGCUUCAGCUGGACGCGAGAGGACCGCGCCCGGAGCCAGGUGUUCUUCGGGAUCCGAGCGGACAGCAGCAUCUUCGACCUGUAUCACACCCUCCUCCUGGAGCCCCAGGAUCCUGCACCCCAGGACCGGCCGGCCACGCCUGCCCCUGUCCAGGUCACCACCAGGCUCCGAAUCCGAAUCGUGAACUUCAUCCUGAGCAACCUGACAGCAGCCGGUGAGACGUUCGAGGAUUUGGUGAAGGACGGGGUCUUCCAGGCCAGGUUCCCCCUGCACCGGGGCGAGGACGAGCUGAAGAGGACGUGGGCCCGCUGGAGAGCCGUGUGCAACAGGCAGCCGAUCAACCAGAUCAG